UACAAUGUGCAGGCAAAGAUCUCAAAUAGGCAUGCUGGAGGAGCUUCAACAGUCCAGAAAAGUCACUUGAAGCUCUUCCCCUGUCAGUUCUCUAAAAACUUUAGGAUAUGUACUUCACAUGUGAUACCAAUUUGACAGAUUUUAUGUAUACAGUUACCUCUAUGCUAUAAUAAAUGGAAUAUUGGAAUCAAUGUGUACAUCAUCUUCGUUCUUAUUCUUAGUUCAAGUGAUGCUUGACUGCUUGUUGUCUAAGCUCAUUGAUGGUUGUCUUCCUCACACUUUCUGAGAUUUUAUGUAUACAGUUACCUCUAUCCUUGUCACUCGUACUUGGGUACUUCUGUUCUAGUCACAUUCUCGGCUGUUUUAUGAAAGUUCCAUAGUUUUGGCUCGAAAUGAAGUGUUAAAAAUAUUCAUACCCGUGUCAAUAUAUCGAGGAUUCAACACGAUACUUUGAGCUAAAUUGAAGAGUUUGAUCGCCUGAGUAAGAUAGGCGUCAGCUUGUAGAAAUUUACAAGUGAUUAAAUUCCUGACCACUUGAUAUCUCCAAUUUCAUGACAAAUUUUCAGGUCAAUUGUAAUAUUGUAAUGCAUCAGUUUGAAAAUUGGAAUUUGAAAUUUGCCCUCUAUACUUGCAAUUGUUGGGAAUGGAUUUGAAAAAUCUCAUUUUUGUGCAAAUAAUUUUCCUUGUUUUUUUCUGGGAUGGGGGAUGACAGUGUGACACUCAGGACAGUGACCAAAGAUAUUUUAAAAACAUGAUGUAGAAGAUUUUUAGGGUAGUCAACAUAGAAAGGUUAUCUAUAUCGUGUGAUUCAUCCUUCAUUAUAGGCAAAAAGAUCUACUCUAUCCAGUCCACUAGGAGAAAGUACAAAAGGAAACAAGCAGGAAGGAAUAAAUCCUAUUAUCUGGUACUAGAAGAAAUCUGAACGAUGGUGAAGAGUUCAGAGUUCUCAGAAGAAUCCGGUGACUGGGAAGUAAUCCAACAUCCAUCUAGUUACCAACCAUCUUCGCCUCCACCAGAUGGACAACUAUUUGGGUUCGAUUUGGUAAUAAGGGACGACUUUUACGAUGAUAGUUCGUCUAUUUUUCCACCAAGCGAGCAUGAAGACCUUCCCCUCCUAGAGGAUUGUAGUUCACCGAGAAUAGUGUCACCAUCACGAUCACCAUCUUCACCUGCAUGCUCAGAGAUAAAGUCGGAUUCUAGACUCUCUAUUAUGAUGAAUGAUAUCCGGAACAGAAUGUACACAGUUGGGAAAAGGAUGUUUCAGGUUUUUAUUUGCAGCAGCAGUAACAGAAAGUAUUUCUCCAUUAUUCCUGCCACAAUGUUAGCCCUAGCAUUAUUUGCUAGUUUGAGGAUUCUGCAGUGGCGCAACCACCUUGUGCUUCUCAUACGAGAGAGAGACCAGUUUCUCUGAAACCUGCUAAGUAGCCAGCACUGGAUCAACAGGCGGUCCGGUUGCGUAAACCGGACACAUGGUACACGCUAUACUAGUAAGCUAUGCUGGUGCCUGGUGGGUGGAAAUAUAGGCAAUUUUUAGUUUAAAAACGAGUUAUUAGGCCCGGACUAUGCUCCGAGUAAGAAAAAAUUUCAUUUAUUAAUAUAAUACUUUAUGAUAAUAACACUAAAUAUAACUUAGCCUAGUGGUUAGAACUUUAGUAUAUGUACUUGAGGUCUCAGGAUUAAAUCCUAUAUUAUGCAAUUUCUUAAUUUUUUUAUUGUACAUGGAUUACAUGAACUAAAACUCCCUAUGAAGAGCGUCACAGUUUCCUGUUUUCGCACGCCUUUUAAUAUAUUUGUAUAGAUAUACAACUUUAAAAUACCCUGAUUAAUUGAGCUGGGUCAGGGUGUGACGGGGUCAACCUGACCCAAUGGUCACCUCUACUGCUAAGUGCUAACUCACACUGAAUCUGCUGCUACUGUAGAGAAUCAGCCAGCUCUUGCAUCAGAUAGCGCACAUGAACGAGAUUUUGUCAGCACGACGGAAGGUACCGGUCAUGCGAAUAAACUAGGAAGUACAUGAGCAUCCAAAUACAGUUGCAACUUGCAGCUACAAUUAGUUUAAUAUGGUGUUUGCAACACAGCUUAUCAAUGCUGCAGAAUGCAAGCGAAACCUCUCUGGAUUUGAGCCUUCGAUUUUCCAGAACUCGAUUUCCCACUUAUAUGUAGAAUAUUGUAGAACAGAUCUCCAAGAUUCAAUAUAUUAUGUAUGGAAAUAUAUAUAAAUGCAUUGUUUUUUGUA